AUGGCCGCGAACUAUUCUAAUACGAGUAAUAGAAGAGAACAUGUCAAGGUUACGACUAACUCCCAACCAGGCUUCCUGGAGCGGCUGAGCGAGACCUCGGGUGGGAUGUUUGUGGGGCUCGUGACCUUCCUACUCUCCUUCUACUUAAUUUUUACCAAUGAGGGCCGCGCGUUGAAGACAGCAACCGCCCUGGCUGAGGGGCUCUCACUUGUGGUGUCCCCUGACAGCAUCCACAGCGUGGCCCCGGAGAACGAGGGGAGGCUGGUGCACAUCAUUGGGGCCCUGCGGACAUCCAAGCUCUUGUCUGAUCCAAACUACGGGGUCCACAUCCCUGCGGUGAAGCUGCGCCGGCACGUGGAGAUGUACCAGUGGGUGGAGACCGAGGAGUCCAGAGAUUAUACUGAGGACGGGCAGGUGAAAACGGAGAGGAAGUACUCCUACAACCCUGAAUGGAGGUCGGAAAUCGUCAACAGCAGGAACUUCGACCGAGAGAUUGGCCAUAAAAACCCUAGUGCGAUGGCCGUGGAGUCGUUCAUGGCAACAGCCCCCUUCGUCCAGAUUGGCAGGUUUUUCCUCUCGGCAGGCCUCAUUGACAAAGUUGACAACUUCAAGCCACUGAGCCUGUCCAAGCUGGAGGACCCACACGUGGACAUCAUUCGCCGGGGAGACUAUUUCUACCACAGUGAAAACCCCAAGUACCCAGAGGUCGGAGACGUUCGAGUUUCCUUCUCCUAUGCCGGGCUGAGCAGUGAUGACCCUGACCUGGGUCCGGCUCAUGUGGUCACUGUGAUUGCCCGGCAGCGGGGUGACCAGCUAGUCCCAUAUUCCACCAAGUCUGGGGACACCUUGCUCCUCCUGCACCAUGGGGACUUCUCAGCCGAGGAGGUGUUUCUUAGAGAACAGAAGAGCAACUCCAUGAAGACAUGGGGCCUGCGGGCAGCUGGCUGGAUGGCCAUGUUCAUGGGCCUUAACCUCAUGACACGGAUCCUCUAUACCCUGGUGGACUGGUUUCCUGUCUUCCGAGACCUGGUCGACAUUGGCCUCAAGGCCUUUGCCUUCUGUGUGGCCACCUCACUGACCCUGCUGACCGUGGCUGCUGGCUGGCUCUUCUACCGGCCUCUGUGGGCCCUCUUCAUCGCCUGUCUGGCCCUGGUGCCCAUCAUCAUUGCUCGGACACGGGUGCCAGCCAAAAAGCUGGAGUGA